UCCCAGCUUCUCUGUACAGGUUCAGUGACUUCCCGAGGCUGUGUUUUAUUUUAGAAUUGUUAGUGUCAAAUUAAAUGGUGAUUUCAGAGUUUCCAGGUUUGGGAAAAACACACUAUCUUUAGCAGGAACAAGGGAUGUAAAAUGCCAAAAGGAGACCUUGUCUAGGCUGAUGAGACUUUAAGCACCUGCAAAAAAACUGAAGACAAAGGAUACCCAAUAUACAGGAGUGAGCCUGCAGGGUGACUCAUGUUGAAACUGCAACAGGAUCUGUUCAGCUGAUAAGAUCUCAGUGACUAACUAUAAAGAGACCAGUUCCUCGAGCAAGGUUCAGGUUAAGGAUAGUGCAGUCACCUAUCUCCAGUUUACCUGUGUUUGUAGCAUGAGAGGUUUACUCCAAUUUUCAAGGAAUUACCAUGAAUCCAAUGUCACUGUGGGAAAGAAUGGUAUGUUAUGUGGAAAUGAAAGUUGGAUAUCUUCUAUGAUGGAAGAAUGUGUGCAGAAUCUUUGGGAACUCUGGAGUGCAGUUCUUGGACUUGCCUCGAUUUGCUGUUUUCUUUUUGCUUCUUUACCGCAAAUGUAUGUGGCUUACAAGAAUGAGAAGGUGGAUCACGCACUGUCAGUGGGAUUUCUGCUUUGUUGGGUCUGUGGUGACAUUACCAAUUUUAUUGGCUGCUAUUUGACCAAUCAGCUGCUUAUCCAGACUGUUACAGCUAAUUUUUAUGUUACCCUUGACAAUAUGAUGAUCUCACAAUUUGUCUAUUAUAAGCUGAAGAAUAGGAAAAGCAGAAGCAAGCAAUAUUUUAUUCGGUCGAUUUCCCUGUUGAAGUGGUUCUGUGUUUGCUGGGUUCUGUUAUGUGCGAUUGCAAUGGUGACUAUAUUACAUUUAUUGAGAAUAUCUCACCAUAAUAGGAGUCAUCCAGGACAAAGGGGUACUUUUGACAUUGUUGAAUUCAUGGGUUACAUCAGUGGCUACAUGUCCUGCAUAUUUUAUCUUGGCUCUCGUUUUCCACAGCUGUACAAAAAUUUCCAAAGGAAAUCCACAGAAGGUACAUCCUAUUUGCUGUUUGCACUGGCAAUGUUGGGUAAUACAACUUACGGACUGAGUGUGGCAGUGAAAGUACCCGAAAACAAAGUAUCAGCCAAAAAAUACAUCCUCCAUCAUCUGGCCUGGCUAUUAGGUAGCUUUGGAGUACUGUUGGUGGAUUUCUUUAUUACUGCACAGUUUAUUAGAUAUCGUAAACGAAGCAACUUCUCUCUCCAUUCAAUUCCAGAGGUGGCACCACUCCUUGAUGAAGGUGAAGAACAGCUGAACAACUUUUUCCAAUUGCGCCAGUUUAAAUAAAAUAAUUUCUGAAUGAUUACUUGUGAAAUUGUUCUAGAACUUGCCUCUAUUACUUUAGACUUUAAUUGAAAGAUAAUUUGUUUUAAUAUUUAAUUAUCCUACAUUCGUAAUCCAAAUCAGUAUUAUUAAAAACAUUAGAUCUCAUUGAUUUCAUUGGUUCAGCAUGUACCUUGUGAUGAAGUCAAGUCUCAAUCUAAUGAUCUAAUUGCCUGGACUUUAUUGCUUUCCUGACAAGAUCCCUAUUGGUCAGUUCCAAGCGAAAGGUCACAUGUUUUUCUUCUCUUGACCAUAUUGUUCACUUUCCACCAUCCCCACACCACCCACCCAUUAGCACCCCUCUACCCCUGUCCCAUUCCCUCACCAAAAGUGAAGAGAAAAUUGCUCAAUAUCCCUUCCAAUGUCCUGCCUGUCAUUUUCAACAGAGCAGCUUGCAUCAGUGUCUGUCUUGCAGGCAUUUCGCUUUUCAAUACCUGCCACCUGUAUAAAUUCUUAUUAAAUACCUUUCCCUUCUUGCUGAUCUAAAACACUAUUUGAUGCAGAAAAAACACUCCUGAUAUUCAGAGACAUACUGAUAAAGUUAGAGCAUUCAUCAAUUUCACAGGUUACUGUUUAAAAUAGUUAUCUGCAUUUCUGCAAAGAUGGGUAUAGGGAGGCUUCAACUUUGAGAAAUAAAUGCUUACUGUUUAUCACUAAGUAAUGUCAAGGGACAUCCUGGGGUGUCCACAGGCUAUAGCAUGGAAAUAGUACCAUGAUAGCUCUAAUUUGUCUUCUAAAUAAUUUGUGACUUCACAUUUGUCAUUAUUAUUUAGGAAUUUGUUUAUUUUAAAUGUGUAUUCAUAUGGUCAAGUACUACCCUUGUUUAUAGAUUAUAAAACUAUACAAGCAUGCAUUUUUCAUAAAUCAUAUUGCAACAAUUAAACCUCCGUAUGUACAGGAUGUUUACAUGUGCUCCAGCUGACUGACAGAUUUAAAGUUGUAUUUCUAGAUUCUUAUUAGGUUUCAUAUAAAUGUUCUCUGCAGUUUG